CUACAAACAAAGUACACCGACCUUCUUUCUCUCUCUGCCUCGGUUUGUUUUCGUUUUAAAGAGACAAAAAAGUGGUAGAGAACGUAGAAAAAGAGCGAGAGUAUAAAUAUCACGUGCCCCACGACUAAGCAAAAACAGCGAGGCUCUGCCAUGGAUUCCGCCGCCAAAUCCACCGCAUUCACCCCCGAUUGGAUCUCCGACUCAAUAAACGGUGGAUCCUUGUGUCACGUCGACCUUGAUACCGGAACCAACGGCUGGGCCUCACCUCCCGGUCAUCUAUUCUCUCUCCGUUCCGUUAACUACCUCACUAAACGACAAAAAUCCCCCGCCGGAGAAUACCUACUCGCUCCGCUCGGGAUGGACUGGCUCAAGUCAACUUCUAAGGUCGACAACGUACUCGCCCGACCUGACAACCGUGUUUCUCACGCGCUCAGAAAGGCGCAAUCCCUAGGCAAAUCCAUGAAAAGCUUUAUUUUCGCAGUAAAUCUUCAAGUUCCCGGCAAAGAUCAUUAUAGCGCCGUGUUCUAUUUCGCUACCGAGGAUCCUAUCCCUCCCGGCUCUUUACUUUACCGAUUCAUUAACGGCGAUGAUGCGUUCAGGAACCAACGGUUCAAGAUCGUCAACCGGAUUGUCAAAGGACCGUGGAUCGUCAAAAAGGCGGUGGGCAAUUACGCCGCCUGUUUGUUAGGUAAAGCUUUGACCUGCAAUUACCAUAGAGGACCUAAUUAUUUGGAAAUUGAUGUAGAUAUCGCCAGCUCGGCAAUCGCUAAUGCGAUUUUGCACCUCGCAUUGGGAUACGUGACGAGCGUAACGAUCGAUAUGGGAUUUCUGGUGGAAGCGCAGACCGAGGAUGAGUUGCCGGAAAAAUUGAUCGGUGCCGUUAGGGUUUGCCAGAUGGAGAUGUCGUCGGCGAUUGUGGUUGACGCUCUCACGCCGUCAUCGAUUCAGACGACAAAUGAUGUAACGAGGUUAAUCUUCACAACAACAACAAACUCAUUUUCUUUCUUUAAUUUAAAAUUCAAUAAUUUCUUUUUUUUUUUCAGUAUGUGAUUCCCUUUGGAUUAAUGAGUAUA